AUUGGCCAAUUUAAUCCUCACGUCAACUCUAUGAGGUUGGUGCCCUUUUAUACCCAUUUUCCAGAUGAGGAAAUGGAGGCAAAGUCUCCUUCCUAAGGUGCCACAGCUGGUAAAUGGUAGAACCAGGAAAUGAGUGCUGACCGUCCAGCUCCUGAGCCUGGGCACUCAGCCCCUCUGCGUCUCUGUCUCCUUCCCUUCUCCAGCGACACUGGCCAUGGACCAGCCGGCUGGCCUGCAGGUGGACUACGUCUUCCGGGGUGUGGAGCACGCCGUGCGGGUGGUGGUGUCGGGACAGGUGCUGGAGCUGGAGGUGGAGGACCGCAUGACGGCUGACCAGUGGCGGGGCGAGUUCGAUGCCAGCUUCAUCGAAGACUUGACUCACAAGACAGGGAACUUCAAACAGUUCAGCAUCUUCUGUAACAUGCUGGAGUCGGCCCUCACCCAGAAUAUUCAGAUCACAGAGAAAUGUAAAGAAGAAAGAAAUCACUCCUAAUGCUCCUGGUAAUAUUUUGGUGAA